AUGACCCAUGACAAGGACACUAUGACCUAUGAUGAGGACAGUAUGACCCAUGAUGAGGACAGUAUGACCCAUGAUGAGGACAGUAUGACCCAUGAUGAUGACAGCAUGACCCAUGACGAGGAUACUAUGACCCAUGAUGAGGACAGUAUGAGCCACGAUGAGGACAGUUUGACCCAUGAUGAUGACAGUAUGACCCAUGAUAGGGACAGUAUGACCAAUGAUGGGGCCAGUUUGACCCAUGAUGAGGAUAGUAUGACCCAUGAUGAGGACACUAUGAUCCAUGAGAAGGACAGUUUGACCCAUGAUGAAGACAGUUUGACCCAUGGUGAGGACAGUUUGACCCAUGAUGAGGACAAUAUGACCCAUGAUGAGGACACUAUGAUCCAUGAGGAGGACAGUUUGACCCAUGAUGAGGACACAAUGAUCCAUGAUGAGGACAGUUUGACCCAUGAUGAGGACAGUAUGACCCAUGAGGAGGACAGUUUGACCCAUGAUGAGGACACUAUGAUCCAUGGGGAGGACAGUAUGACUCAUGAUGAGGACAGUUUGACCCAUGAUGAGGACAGUAUGACUCAUGAUGAUGACAGUUUGACCCAUGAUGAGGACAGUAUGACCCAUGAUGAGGACACAAUGAUCCAUGAUGAGGACACUAUGACCCAUGAGGAGGACAGUUUGACCCAUGAUGAGGAUCCAUGA